GACGUGAAAUCCACAUGUAUCCCAAAUUUAGUUGAAUGAUAAAAACUGUUCUCUGUUUUUUUCAAUAUCUUUAAAAAUUCCGAUCCUUAAAAAAAGAAAAAAACAAGAAAGUAAGAAAGAAAUCUCAAGGUUCUUUUUUUCGGUCUCUUAAUCGAAUCGAAAUAUAAAAACCCACAUUUUAUCAUUUUUGAUUCGUCAUAAUUCUCCACUUCUCUCUUUUUUCUGUUUUAAGUUUAGUACAAUAAAGUGAAAAAAGAGUGAGCUUUUUCCAGCAAUGGAAGGAACAGUUUUUACUCCAUCAUUGGAAGGAAUGCAGCACAUCAGAUCCCCACAAGGAGAAAUGCUUACAAAGCCAUUCCUGGACGUCUGCAAGUUGAUUUUGCCAGUCAUAGAUAAGUUUGGAACUGCUAUGGCCCUUGUAAAGCGUGAUAUUGGUAGAAACACAUCAAGAUUGGAAAAAAAAUACCAGUCGGAUCCCUUUAGAUACAACUACUUGUACAAUAUGGUGAAAGAAGAGUACGAAUGUAAAUCAGCGAAAGGAUCAACAAGUUGUACUAAUGGUAUUCUUUGGUUGACAAGAGCAAUGGAUUUUAUAGUAGAAUUGUUCCGCAACUUACUUGCACAUCCAGAUUGGUCAGUGACUGAUGCUUGUACAGAUGCCUAUGGCAAGACCCUGAAAAAAUUCCAUGGAUGGAUUGCUAGCUCAAGUUUCACAGUUGCUAUGAAGCUGGCACCAGAUAGGAAGAAAUUCAUGGAAGUGAUAACUUGCAAAGGAGAUGUUAGAGGCGACAUGGAGAAAUUUUGUUUGACAUUUCCUCCAUAUCUUGAGGAAAAUCAUAAGUUUCUGGUAAGAAAAAUUUGCUCAAAGAUGUAUCUUUUUUGCUAUACCACCAAUCCAUAUAUGCAACAAUCAUGUUUCUUGAACUUUGAGAAUGAUAUCAUAUAUUCAUAUUGGAACGAUCUGUGAUAUAUCAACAACUUUUAAGAAGCUUAAUAUAGAAAA